AUGCGUAAAGGGGAGGCUGCAGCUAUCGAGACAGAACUACUGAGAGACUACAGGUUCGGACAGCAGCAGCUGAUAGAGAUUUGGGGACAAGCAUGUGCCCUCGCCAUCACUAAGGCCUACCCUCUCAGCUCUCUAGCAAAGAAGCAGCCAACAGUGCUGGUGAUCUGUGGUCCUGACCAGAAUGGCUCCAUCGGCCUGGUCUGCGCCCGACACCUGCGCAUGUUUGAAUACGAGCCCACCAUCUACCACCCCAAACGCUCCUCUCACAGUCUACACCAGGAUUUCACAGUUCAGUGUGAAAAGAUGGACAUCCCCUUCCUCUCCUAUCUCCCUACAGAGGUGCAGCUCAUAAACGAUGCCUACAACCUAGUGAUCGAUGCAAUGCUGGGUCCAGAUGCAGACUGUGCCAACAUUAAGGAACCCUACUCUGGUAUUCUGGUCACUUUGAAGCAAAUCAAGGUUCCUAUUGCCAGUGUGGAUGUGCCCUCAGGUUGGGAUGUAGAAGAACCAAGUCAGGAGGGGAUAAACCCAGAAGUUCUCAUUUCACUUACAGCACCAAAGAAGUGCGCCAUGAGUUUCUCGGGGAAGCAUUUCUUGGCUGGACGUUUCCUGCCCUAUGACAUCCAGAAAAAAUAUGAGCUUAACCUCCCAGACUACCCUGGCACAGACUGUCUCAUUGAAUUGUAACACAUGGAAUCAUGAGAGCCAGUGUGGCCACACCUCAUUUUCACAAUGUAUGGUCGAUCUAUUCUCUUGUUUUGUAUUUUAUAGAUUGUUAAUGUGAUUUAAUGUCAACAUCUCAAUUGUGUAGACCAGGAUACACCUUAACCAAAUGUGCUGUUGAGCUACAGUAAAAGGAUAAUAUUUAGAUUCUGUGGUUUGAGUCAUGUCUUUUUAGGGAAUGGCAUGAGGAGUUUUGUGUCAGUCUACUUGUACAAGCUGUAGCAUUACACUGUGUUCUGAUUACUUUGCAAAAGAAGCUUCUUUUUCCAGAGUCAGCAAAGAAGGAGGAAUUUUUUAUGACACCAGUCACUGGAAUCUUUUUUUUUUUUUUUCUUUUUGUUUUUUGAACGUUCUGAUGCCCAUAUGUUCUUGUGUUUACCUUUCUACCGAAGUGUGCUGCUGAGAUGAGUUGGUGUAGGUUGACAUUUUUAUGUUUACAUGUCUUUUGCUUUCUUUGGUCAGCCUGCACUGCUGGAUUAUUUUUUGUUUUAGUUACCUCAUUUGCUUUUACAAAAAGCCCAGAGAAUUAUUGUUGUCCAAUUAAAGAAAAGUUCAAUUUCAAGAAAA